GGUGCCGGGUCGGGCCGUUUUCGGGGCCUUCGGUGGCCGGAAGUCGCGGUCCCUUUACCGACUCUAGGAAGGGCUGGAUAUGUUUCGAAUGGGCGCUUGCGAGAGAGGUGGCCAAGUAUGUGUUACAGACGGCCACGCCGCCCCUUAGGCGGUCAAGGUGGGGCGAGCAGACGGUUACCCCCCUGCAGUCGGCCGGGUCACCACCCACGGACCUUUGGAGGCGGAAGCAUAGAACGGUCUGCAAACGUUCCCGAGCCGGCCUUUGCGGCUCUGGCGGGCGUUUCGAACCUAGGCGCCGGGCACACGCCCAGUCCCGACAGCGCUAAGGAUCCCCUUGGCCUCGCCAUCACCCCGGGCAACCCUCGGGGCGCCCGAGUCCUGGCCCUUUAAACGCAGCGCGUGCCUCGGCGUCUUCGUUUUGCGCGCCCGCCCGCGGCGCCGGCGGAGUGAACAUGGCCCCGGCUGCACGGGUGGUGCGGGCGCUGUGGCCUGGCGGGUGUGCCUUGUCCUGGAGGCUGGGCGGCCGCCCCCAGCCGCUGCUCCCCACGCAAAGCCGGGCUGGCUUCGCGGGGGCGGCGGGCGGCCCGCGCGCCGUGGCUGCAGCUCGUAAGGGGAGCCCGCGGCUGCUGGGGGCGGCGGCGCUGGCCCUGGGGGGAGCCCUGGGGCUGUACCACACGGCGCGGUGGCACCUGCGCACCCAGGACCUCCACGCAGAGCGCUCAGCCGCGCAGCAACAACUGAACGACUCCUCUGUCAUCAUCAGUGCCCUCAAGACCUACCUGGUGUCGGGGCAGCCCCUGGAAGAGAUCAUCACCUACUACCCAGCCAUGAAGGCUGUGAACGACCAGGGCAAGGAGGUGACCGAGUUCGGCAAUAAGUACUGGCUCAUGCUCAACGAGAAGGAGGCCCAGCAAGUGUAUGGCGGGAAGGAGGCCAGGACGGAGGAGAUGAAGUGGCGGCAGUGGGCGGACGACUGGCUGGUGCACCUGAUCUCCCCCAAUGUGUACCGCACGCCCACCGAGGCUCUGGCGUCCUUUGACUACAUUGUCCGCGAGGGCAAGUUCGGAGCCGUGGAGGGCGCCGUGGCCAAGUACAUGGGUGCAGCAGCCAUGUACCUCAUCAGCAAGCGACUCAAGAGCAGGCACCGCCUCCAGGACAAUGUGCGCGAGGACCUCUAUGAGGCUGCCGACAAGUGGGUGGCUGCUGUGGGCAAGGACCGGCCCUUCAUGGGGGGCCAGAAGCCGAAUCUCGCCGAUUUGGCGGUGUAUGGCGUGCUGCGUGUGAUGGAGGGGCUGGAUGCAUUCGAUGACCUGAUGCAGCACACGCACAUCCAGCCCUGGUACCUGCGGGUGGAGAGGGCCAUCACCGAGGCAUCCCUGGCGCACUGAAUGUCCCCGCGCAGAGUGGGGGGAAGGCAGCAGAAGACGCCAGCUGCCAGGGCCUGGGGCCACUGGGCCAGCGCCUGGCGAUACUGGUGGGGGGCAGGAUCAUUCUGCCCCUUGUCCACCCACUCCCCCAGCCCUCUUACUUCUAACACAGGGCACCUGCUGGGGCUCAGGGAUGUUAGGGACGAGUUCCAGCCCUGCCACUGCCCUGGGGCGACCCCUCCCUGUCCCUGCCUCCCUGCUCUGCCACCCCUCUCCCUGGACCCUCAGUGGCUGUCCCAUGGCUACAUCCUGUGGGUGGGGGGCCUCGACAGGACGGCAGGACGCUUCAUUUUCAGUGGAAUCCCAUCCCUGGGUUCCCCUGGUUCCCACUCUUCCCAAGCCUCCCGGGACUGGGACGUGUUUGCAAUAAAGGAAAGGUCUGUGGCGCCUGUCACGGCAGGCAUCUCAUGGA